CUCUCCUCUCCUUCAAAUCCGUUCUUCCUUGAAACCAUUUUGGCUCUCUGUUUACAAACUUGGUUUGAUUUUUCAAUUGCCUCUGUUUCUCUCUCAUUCUCUGAUUCAUCUUCAUCAGAAUGAACAGGAAGGCCUCUGUUUCCAAGGAGCUCAACGCCAAGCAUUCAAAGAUAUUGGAAGCACUUUUGAAGCAUCCAGACAAUCGAGAAUGUGCAGAUUGUAGAUCAAAGGCACCAAGAUGGGCAAGUGUGAACCUUGGGAUAUUCAUUUGUAUGCAAUGUUCUGGAAUCCAUCGUAGCCUUGGCGUCCACAUCUCUCAGGUAAGGUCUAUAACUCUGGAUACAUGGCUUCCAGAUCAGGUUGCUUUCAUGAAAUCUACCGGUAAUGCUAAGGGAAAUGAGUAUUGGGAAUCAGAAUUGCCUCAACAUUUCGAGAGAAGUUCAAGCGACACGUUUAUAAGAGCCAAAUACAGUGAGAAGAGAUGGGUUUCACCGGGAGCGAUUCAACCGGCUCCUAUAGUUAGCCAGCUAAGCUGCAAAGUUAGUCACUUGGUAGAGAGUGGAUAUAAACCUGAAACUCCAAAGAAAGCUAGAACUCUUUCACUUGACGAAGAGAUCCUUCUUCAUCAUGUUCUUCAAGUAACACCUCCAGAAACGAGAACUCGUGCGGGUUCGGUAGAUAUGAAGGAGAAUGUAUAUGUUGUACCUCUACCAGAAUUCAAGAAACCAAAUCAAAAGAAUGAGAAUUUCUCCAGUGAAGUAAACCAGAAUAGAAGAACCACCAUAGCACCACCGUCGAGCUGGGCUACUUUCGACUGAAGAGAAAAGACUCUAUGAAGACGAAGAAGAUGGAGGUUUUGGAAAAACAAGAAUCAUCAUGUGGGCUUUAAUUUUAGUCAAAAGGUUGGCAAAGAUGGGAUGAUGAACUCAAAGUUGGUUCUGUUUUCUAAUUCUUUAUUCAUUCAUAAUCCAAUUUUGGUUGCUUGUAACAAAAUCAUUUUUAAUUCAAUGGAAGAGAGACAUCUUUGAGUAUUUGACAAAAGAGAAAGCAAAUACAAGUCACCAAUGUGAUUAUUUUUAAUUGCUGGACAAGUAACAUCAAUUGAUUGGUCCACCAUACUCCAUAACAACCGU